AUUUUUCAACGACCCACUACCAUAUCACUUCAUCAAUUUUAUAUCAUUGGGUGAGAAACUCUUAGUAGAUGCAGCAGGAGUCAAUCAAAUCAAAUUAAAAUAACAAACAAGCAUCUCAAAUAAAAAAAAAGAAAAGAAAAAUAGAGACAAAAAAUGAGAUGAAACAAGAGAAGAAGAAGAUGAAGAAACAUAGAUAGAAUCUGUAGUAUCAGUUAAGUUAGUUUAGUUAGUUAGUUACGAGAUGGGUUUGGGCGAUGUUGUUGUUCCUUUGGCACUCUCCAUCAGCAUCUGCUUCCUCUCUUGUUCGCGAGAUCUGAUCUUCGUUGAUGCCAAGGAACAAAAUCUCACUGUUACCCCAAUCAACUAUGAUCUCUACCAUUCCAGUGGCAAGUUUUUGGAAGAGAUCAAGGCUUUGGUUCAUCGUCACUCGGAUAUGCUCGCUAUGGAGACCAUUAAAGCCGGGAACAAAGGCUAUGGUGCUGAGAUUACCGUGGUUACUUAUUCGGAGCGAAAGAGAGAGACAGACGAGAGAUCAAAGUUCCGCAUACUUCUUAGUUUUGGGCAGCAUGGAAGGGAGCUUAUUACAACUGAACUUGCUUUAAGGAUUUUGUCUAUUCUAAGUGGAGAACAGUCACUACCUAACAUGGAUCAAGCUUCUUUGAACACUACACUUGACAAGCUUGUGAUAAAGGUGAUUCCGAUGGAGAACUUGAAUGGCCGAAAACUUGUAGAAGCUGGAGAUCUCUGUGAGAGAAGAAAUGGCAGAGGAGUUGAUCUCAACCGGAAUUGGAGUGUAGAUUGGGGCAAAAAGGAGAAGGACUAUGAUCCUUAUGAGGAGAAUCCUGGAACUGCUCCAUUUAGUGAGCCUGAAGCUCAAAUUAUGCGGAAACUUGCCAUCUCGUUCGAACCACAUGUGUGGAUCAAUGUGCACUCUGGAAUGGAGGCUCUUUUUAUGCCUUAUGAUCAUAAAAAUACAACACUUGAUGGAUUGCCGUUGAAGCGGAUGAAUUCAUUGCUUGAAGAAGUAAACAAUCUUCAUUUUCAAAAGCGUUGCGUGGUUGGGUCGGGAGGCGGUUCUGUGGGGUAUUUUGCACAUGGGACAGCAACCGAUUUCAUGUAUGAUGUCGUGAGGGUUCCGAUGUCAUUCACCUUUGAGAUAUAUGGAGAUGUAACAGCUUCAUCAAGAGACUGUUUUAAAAUGUUUAAUCCUACUGACAAAACUAGCUAUGUUAGAGUUCUUGAUGAAUGGUCUACAACAUUCUUUACAAUUUUUAAACUGGGGCCACUCCGACUUGGUGACAUCAAUUCAAAAGCGCCUGCCAAGUUGGAUAAAUUCGUAUCAAUAGAUGAAUAUUUAGAUGGUUAUUUAAUGGAAAGAAGAAAUAGGUAUGGGAAAAAGAUGGAGGUUCUUGACCUUGGAAUGCAAGAAAUAAGAACAUAUUUUAGGCUCUUCUUAUUGUCUUCAGUGUUGCUAAUGUUCAUGUUCUGUUCUAGAAUUUCAAAAAGUAAGUCCAGUAGACCAGUUCCUGCUAUGCCGCUCUAA